CAUGCGAUAGCGUUCGCAACGAGUAAUAUCAAUGAAUUGCUCAAAAAUCGUGUUGGUUUAGUUGUUCGAUGGGUACCAUAUUCAGAAGUACCAGAAAUCGAAACUUACUCAAACUGCAAAGUUCUGAUCAAUAAUUAUCAAUGGACCCAGUGGACAGAAUUUGAGAAACAACCUGAUCAACAUUGCGGCAUUAAGACAUAUGUUCGAUAUUAUAAUUUAAGAAUUAUAAAGGUGGUCCAAAGUGCCACCUCAAGAGAGACACCACCAACGUAUUGUCCUGCAACAGUGCAAUAUAAACAUACAUGGGAGCGUGCUUGUAAGCUCUUCAGCACAACAGGAAGAUAA